AUGGAGACUGAGCAGCAGGAUAAGAAAAUUUUGAAAACUUCCAUGCGUUCUUACUUGGAAGGUUUCUACGAUUGGGUUCUAAUGCCGAAGCGUUUUAAAGUACCCUUUUAUUUGUUUGUUGUUGUGGUAGGUUCAUUCAUCCACGGUUUUCAACCGCUUCCUCAGUCCUAUCUCUCGAACAGGAGGAAUGUCUUAAACGUGUAUUUUGUCAAGUUUGGCUGGGGUUGGACACUUCUUGUUUUAAUUCCCUUCAUAUCCUUUACUUCGUCCCUAUACACUUCUUUGAAUCCGUUGGCGAUACUGAAACACCUAAGAAGGAUGGCUGUAGCCACAUGUGGAUGGUAUAUUUGGGUGAAUCUGUUUGUUUACAUCGAGGAGUUGACCGGCUUUUGCGAAGGAGAAGAAAAAUUGAUUUCAAAGAGGAGCUGCUAUCAAGAGGGAUUUUACUGGAAUGGUUUUGAUAUAUCGGGACACUGUUUUCUUCUAACUUACGGUGCACUGGUUAUUAGUGAAGAACUACAACCCAAACUUCAUUGGCCGUCAAUAACGUCGGCUGUUGUACAAACAAAUCCUGAAAAUAUUAAUGGCUUUCAACACAGGAACAUUGCUCGAUUAGUAACCCCUUUUGUAGACGUUUUUUCUCUCUUUGCAGGCCUCCUUUCAAUCUUGUGGGAGUUCAUGCUUGUGUUCACCACAAUUUAUUUUCACACUUUUUCUCAGAAAGUUCUUGGGGCUGUGAUAGCGAUAUUUACCUGGUAUAUCAUUUACAGAGUCUGGUAAUACUAUGCACCAUGA